CGAUUUCACGCACGGGGAAGCGCUACGAACUGUUUGCAUGUAGUCCGCCUUUAACUCCAAUGCAAUUGUGCAAAAUCAAACCUAUGUAAAUACCGAUAACCUAUUAUGAUUAAUAAGAGUCCCAUAUGGAAAAGAGUGCGGUCUUACGCUGGACCUGUUCCGAGGGCGAGACACGGGCACCGGGCCGUGUCCAUACGAGAGCUGGUGGUUGUGUUUGGAGGUGGAAACGAGGGAAUAGCGACCAAUCUGCAUGUUUAUAACUCGGUGACCAGGCAGUGGUUCCUGCCAGCAGUGAGGGGUGAUAUCCCACCUGGAUGUGCCGCUCAUGGCUUUGUUUGUGAAGGCACACGGAUCCUGGUGUUUGGAGGGAUGGUUGAAUUUGGGCAGUAUACCAACAGCCUCUAUGAACUGCAGGCCAGUCGAUGGUUGUGGAAGAAACUCAAGCCCCGCCCACCAAGGAACGCAUCACUUCCAUGCCCACGGAUUGGCCACAGCUUCACUCUUCAUGCUAAUAAGUGUUACCUUUUUGGUGGAAUGGCCAAUGACAGUGAAGACCCAAAUGGCAAUAUUCCACGGUAUUUAGAUGACUUCUAUGAGCUGGAGCUGCAGGUCCAGUCUGGGGUUAAAGGCUGGAACAUCCCUGAAACCAAAGGUGGAGGUCCGUCAGCCAGGGAAUCCCAUAGUUCUGUGGUGUACUGUGGCAAGAGUGGGAGUGGCCCAAAGCUCUACAUAUUUGGGGGCAUGUGUGGGGAGAGACUGAAUGAUUUGUGGCAACUAGACAUUGAGACUAUGACUUGGUCAUUACCUCUCAUCAGAGGUCAGCUGCCACUACCCAGAAGUCUGCACACCUCCAAUGUGAUUGGAAACAAGUUAUAUGUGUUUGGAGGCUGGGUUCCCGUUGGAGAGGCAGAGGACGCGCUCGCUGCCGAUGGAGUCAAGUGGGUCUGCACCAACUCUCUUUCCAUGCUAAACCUUGACACAAUGACAUGGCAUGAAUUGACACCGGAAGAACACCAGCAGGGAUCGGCUUCAGACAUACAGCUGGGCGAACAGGAAGAGGGUAAUGCACACUGGCCAAAAGCACGAGCUGGACACUGCGCAGUAACCGUUGGCACUCGUCUGUAUGUCUGGAGCGGGCGAGAUGGAUACAAAAAGUACAAUAACUACCAGGUGUGCUGCAAAGAUCUGUGGUACCUGGAAACAGAGAGGCCUCCCACUCCUGGUGCAGUGUUCCUUGUGAAGUCCACAAUUAAUAUGCUGCAUGUUGCCUGGCGACCUCUACCUGCAGCUGAAUGUUAUUUGCUUCAACUGCAGCCAAUCACCUCUCAGUCUGCUUCCACUGAACCACAGUCCACACCAUCAGGCACUGGAGACAGAAAGGAAUCUGUUCAAACAGACUCCCAGCAAAGUGCUGAUGUCAAAGUUAAAGAAGAGAAAGAAUCUUCAUCACAGGAAAACGUUUUGAGGCCAAAAGAACUAGGUGAAGACAGGGCAGACGUCCGGUCAAAAGGUGACAAAGAUCAAGAAGGUGUUUCCGUGAUGCCAUCAAACGUGAAUAAGGCUGGUAAGCUGAAUAGUGCAUCUCUGUGCCAGAAAGAACGAGACAUUUCUCUGAUACCAUCCCAACAGUCUGAGGACUCUGUGUGGUUUGAUGUGGGUGUGUUUAAAACACUGUAUUGUGAGGUUACACACUACUUCCUGCCUUCUGAGGAAUGUGACGUGGCAUCGACCCUGUUUGGUCAAAACUCAUCUGACAGUGAGUGGGAGUUGCCAGGUCCUCAUUGUUUUAAGGAUCGUGAGAAGCAGGAAUUGGCCUCAGGAGUCACAUAUAAGUUCAGGGUGGCGGGACUGAACAGCCGUGGCCUGGGCAACUUCAGUCCCGUCAGCGAGUUUAAAACCUGCCAGCCUGGAUUUCCUGGAGCACCAUCUGCUGUCAAAAUCACCAAGGAUAAAGAUUCAGUGCAUAUCACCUGGGAGCCUCCCACCUCUCCGUCGGGGAAGAUCACGGAGUAUUCCAUGUACUUGGCUGUGAGGAAGAGUCGAGGGAACAGCGUGGAGCGACCUGGCGAGCUGGCCUUCAUCCGAAUCUACCGUGGUACCAAGACCUCAUGCACAGUCAGCGAAAGCCAGCUGAGCAACGCACACAUCGACUGCUCGGCACGGCCUGCUGUCGUCUUCCGUAUCGCUGCCAAAAACGAGCAGGGCUACGGUCCGGCCACUCAGAUCCGCUGGCUGCAAGAUGCGAGUAAACUGAAAUCGUCAGUGACACAGGCAGACACCAGUCUUCCAGCAGCAGAGCCUGACACCACCUGCAGAUGAACUCUCACCCCUGAUGGGUCGGCAAGCUGCUGCACUGACUUCCAAAGCUCUAAUACUUCAGGACUGCAUUUCACUCUCUUUAUUAUUCUACAACGCCAUUUUAAAUUAACUCUUCUGAUGACUGAUCUUAGUACACUGUUUUUCUAUAUCUUGAUUGCCUUUUAAUGUCAUGGUAUCGUUUAUACUGUAAGCUUUAGGUUUAUCAGUAUCAGUCAAAAAGGUCAUCAUCACUGUAAAAUGUACAUAAUACGCUAACACUUUUUAUACUGAGUUCAUAAAUUUAUUUUUAUUAUGGAUUGUUGUAGCCACAGGCAACACUUUUUUUAUACCUCCAAAUCCCUACUUAUGGUCUUUGUGAGCAAAAAUUAUUCACGCCUUAGUGGAAAAUGAGCUACUUCUCCAUAUCUUAAACUGCAUGUAUGUUUCUUAAAAUAGGCUCCUGUAUUUUUAGGAACUGCAUAAUUGACAGUAGUUGGAACAUAAACAUCUCCACCAGA